CUCCGGGUUCCGCCCCGCGGGCUCAGUCCCCAGGAGGGCCUGCUUUCUUGCUGGCAGCAGUAUUUGACGGUUAGAUGCCGCCAGAGGAAUGACUGAGGAGGAGGCAUCUGCGUUUAGAAGGUGAAAAGUCAGAAGACCCCAAGAGUAUUGGUGCCUCCUCAUACUGAUGGUCUGUAGCCAGACAAUUCCUAUUUCCCCUGACAGGAGUUUCUAACAGUUCCAAGUCUCUUUGAUCAAAUCCCAAGGAGAUAAGUUUUCAUUUUCUCAAAGAGAAGGCAAGAAAGUUGUAACCAGUGGUGUAUACCAUCAUGGAGACUGAGAGCCAUAACAACCCUCAGGAAAGACCCACACCCUCUAGUAAUGGGAGGGCUUCAAGGGAAGACAAUCAUUUGUUGAUUAAAGCUGUGAAAGAUGAAAAGGUUGAGUUGGUCCAGCAAUUGCUAGAAAGAGGGGCUGAUGUCAAUUUCCAGGACGAAUGGGGCUGGUCACCUCUGCAUAAUGCAGUGCAAGUUGGCAGGGAGGACAUUGUGGAUCUUCUGCUUAGUCAUGGUGCUGACCCUUGUCUGCGGAAGAAGAAUGGGGCCACUCCCUUCAUCAUUGCUGGGAUUGUCGGAGACGUGAAGUUGCUCAAACUAUUACUUCCCAAAGUAGCAGAUGUCAAUGAGUGCGAUGUUAAUGGCUUCACAGCUUUCAUGGAAGCUGCUGUGUAUGGCCAAGUCGAAGCCUUAAGGUUCCUGUAUUACAACGGAGCAGAGGUGAAUUUGCACAGAAAGACAGUGGAGGAUCAAGAGAGGAUUAAGAAAGGAGGGGCCACUGCCCUCAUGGAUGCUGCUGAAGGAGGGCAUGUAGAGGUUGUGGAGAUCCUCCUUCACGAGAUGGGGGCAGAUGUCAAUGCCCGGGACAAUAGGGGCAGAAAUGCUUUGGUCUGUGCUCUUCUGAACUCUGAUGUUGAGAAGGUGAAAGCCAUUACUCGCCUUCUGCUGGACUGUAAGGUUGAUGUCAACGUGAGGGGGGAAGGAAGGAAGACGCCGCUGAUCUUGGCAGUGGAAAAGAAGAGCCUGGAUCUGGUGCAGAUGCUUCUGGAACAAACAACUAUAGAGAUUAAUGACACAGACAGUGAGGGUAAAACAGCACUGCUGCUUGCUGUUGAACUCAACCUGAGGGAAAUCGCCCAGUUGCUGUGUCUCAAAGGAGCCAGCACAAAAUGCGGGGACCUUGUCACAAUAGCAAAGCGCAAUUAUAACUCUGACCUUGCAAAGUUUCUUUGCCAGCAUGGAGCUGUAGAAGACAUUCGCCCUCCCGAUAAAGCCUGGAAGCCUCAGAGCUCACGUUGGGGGGAGGCCCUGAAACAUCUCCGCAGGAUAUCCCGCCCUAUGAUAGGCAAACUCAAGAUCUUUAUUGAUAAAGAUUAUAAAAUCGCUGACACUUCUGAAGGGGGCAUCUACCUGGGGUUCUAUGAGGAACAAGAGGUAGCCGUGAAGCGGUUCUCUGAAGGCAGCACACGGGGACAAAAUGAAGUCUCUUGUUUGCAGAGCAACCGAGCCAACAGUCACGUGGUGACAUUCUAUGGCAGUGAGAGGGAUGGGGGCUGUCUGUAUGUGUGCCUCGCCCUAUGUGAGCACACGCUGGAGAAGCACUUGGCCGACCGCAGAGGAGAGGCUAUGCAAAACAAGGAAGAUGAAUUUGCCCGAAACAUCCUCUCAUCUCUGUUUGAAGCUGUUGAGGAACUACACCUGUCUGGAUACACUCAUCAGGAUCUGCAACCACAGAACAUCUUAAUAGAUUCCAAGAAUGCUGCUUGCCUGGCAGAUUUUGAUGAAAGCAUCAAGGGGACUGGAGAUCCACAGGAAAUCAAGAGAGAUCUAGAGGCCCUGGGACUGCUGGUCCUGUAUGUGGUAAACAAGGGAAACAUUUCUUUUGAGAUGCUGAAGAAUCUAAGAACUGAAGAGUUGGUUGAGCGUUCUCCAGAUAAGGAAACUCAGGACCUCAUUCAGCAUCUCUUAGUUCCUGGGGACAAUGUGAAGGGCCAUCUGAGUGGCCUGCUGGCUCAUCCCUUCUUCUGGAGUUGGAAGAGCCGCUACCGGACACUCCGGGAUGUGGGAAAUGAAUCUGACAUCAAAGUACAAAAUACUGAUGGCAAGAUCCUCCAGCUUCUGCAACCUGAAACAUCUGAACUUCCCACAAGUUUUUCCCAGUGGACAAAUGAGGUUGAUGAAUCUGUGAUGAAAAAAAUGAAUGCGUUUUAUGAGAAAAGGAAACAGAACAAAACAUAUCAGAACAAAACGUAUCAGAACAAAACGUAUCAGAACACUGUAGGUGACCUGCUGAGGUUCAUCCGGAAUUUGGGAGAGCACAUUGAUGAACAAAAGAAUACAAAGAUGAAAUCAAAAAUUGGAGAACCUUCCCAGUAUUUUCAGGAGAAAUUUCCUGAUCUGGUCAUGUAUGUCUAUAAGAAACUACAGAACACAGAAUAUGCAAAGCAUUUUCCAAAAAUCUCAACCCGAACAAAGCCGACGUGUGAUGGAAUUGGUGGUGGUGAGCAGGCUGGCCAGCCCUAGUUAGUGCCUUUUGAAUUCAGAGAGGUACAAUUUUGCUGUGCGAGUCACAACUCUCUGGGACUCUUGAUUUUUUAUUUUUAUUUUUUGGCUGUGCCAUGCAGCACAUGGGAUCUUGUUUGCCCCACCAGGGAUUGAACCUGGGCCUUUUGACUAACCUCGUUGCUUGUGAGUGAUGAAUUGGGUAGCCGAUGUGUCCGUUCCUGGUGCAGUGCUCAACAUUCUCCAUGUUUACAACAACAACAAAAA